AUGAGAAAAUUAAAAUUAUUAAAAUUGAAUAAAAUUAGAGAAACAACACCUUUAUUACCAACAGAAUGUAUGCAACAAAUUUUAAAAUAUGUUGAUGAUCAAGAAAAUGGACUUUAUUCAUGUCUUUUGGUUAAUAAAUAUUGGUGUAAAAAUGUUUUACCAUUACUUUGGGCAUCACCAUUUCAAAGUUCAUUUAUUAUAAGUCAUUGGGUAUUAGCAACUUCAAGUUUAAAGAGUACAUUAUCAAAAAAAGCUAUUAAUCAACUUAAUAAUUAUAAAAUUAUUGAUACUUAUAUUUCAUGUUUAGAUAAUAAAGAAUUUUAUUAUUUAAAUUCUUUAUUUCAAAAAUUUUAUUCUAUAAAUCUUAAAAUUGGAAAAAAACCUUUAAUUAAUUAUUCUAAUUUUUUACAAGAAUUAUUAUAUAGUGAAUUUGAGAAUACUAUAUAUAUUUAUUUAAUGAGAAAAUUUAAAGAUAAAUAUAAAGAACAACAAAUACUUGUGAUGGCAACUUCAUUAUUGAAAUUAUUUUUAAAAGAAUCAACAAAUCUUCGAAUAAUAAAUUUUAAUAAAAAAUUUCAUAAUUUAGAUACACCAAAUUUAUUACCAAAGAUUAUGAUGACAAAAAAUUUUCUUUUUACAAAUAAUUUAAAUAAUAUGACGGAAAUUCUUUCAUUAAAUAGAUUAGUAAAAUUUCAAAUUAAUAAUAUUAAUUCUAAACUUACACAAAAUACAAUUAAUUUAUUAAAAUUAAUAUCAAUUAAUUGUAAAAAUAUUCAUUAUCUUGAUUUUAAAUUUAAACAUUUUGAAUAUAAUGAUAAUAUAUUACAAUUAAUUAUUAGUAUUAUUAAAUCACAAGAUCAUAUAUCAGAAUUUAAUAUUUCUCAAAUUAAAGAUAAUUUUGAAUUAAUAUUAUUAAAUUUAUUAUUAUUACAUAAGAAUACUUUAAUAUCUAUGAAGUUGGAUAAUGUUUAUAUAUCUGAGAAUUCCAAGGAAAUGUUGAAACAAUUUUUUAAUAUAAGAAGUAUUAAAUUACUUCAAUGUAAUAAACUUACAAGUGAAGUUUUACCUGAUUAUACCGAACAAUUAGAACAAUUGAAGAUGUUUGGUUAUAAAUCGGGAACAAAACAUUAG